AUGGUUUCUACCGUGUCCCGAAUAGAAUACCAAAUUACUGCAACUGUUAUUUAUUUCAUUCUCUCUCUAAUUAGUGCCAUAACGCACAUCGUUUUGAUAUUUUAUGAUGCCGCUGAUGAACAUAUAUUAUUAAAAGAAAAGGGACUGGAACCAGUCUAUGAAGGGAAGAAAAUUGUAUUUUGCAAACAUUGCAAAUUGAUUGUAUAUGAAUCAAGCAAGCACUGCAAAUUAUGUAUGAAAUGCGUACAAGGUUUUGAUCAUCAUUGUCGAUGGCUCAACAUGUGCAUUGGAGAGAGGAAUUACAAAAUAUUUUUCGUAUUCUUGAGUGACACUUAUUUUCUUCUUCUCUAUGUAUUUCUCGCAAAGGCCGCCUAUGUGAUAGAAGCAAGCAUUAAUUUUGAAGAAUUUUCAAAACGUUUGAUUGCCAUCUACUCAUUCUCAAAUCCUAUUGCCCAUUUGGUGAUUGUUGGAGUUGGAGGAUUGGUGACUUUAAUUGUGGCUCUUUCACUCACUCAAUUAUUUUUUCUUCACAUCAAACUUAUUUAUCUUAAAAAGACAACCUACGAAUAUUUAAUGGAGAAGCGUGCGAAAGAAGUCGCCAAAUUGGAACAACGUAAUGCUGAACGAAAUGAUCAGAGAGCUGAAGAAAUGGCAAAUGCAGAUACACAUCAUGAGUCUUCAACAACUGCAAAUACUGAAAGCACUCUCUCUUAUCACAUUGAAAGGUAUUCCAACAGAGUCUAUCCUCAACAACCUUAUGUCCAACAAAAGUCACAAUCGGCCAACAACAGUCAAGAAUCCUUACCUCUGCAUGAAACGCCAGCAGAUUUCAUGACCAAGUCUCUAGAAUUUUCGAAUUUACAAGUCAAAAGAACAUGUUCAAACUUGAUUGCAACGAAAGGAGAUAUGGGCGUUUACAAGAAUGAACAGGACACCAAUGCCAGUACAGACAGUAUUAUCAUCAACUGUGACCGAUCACAUGGAGGAAAAAGUCCUCGAAAUUUCGAUCUAAACGCUUCUCUCCAAUCGCCGAGACGUCAAGCCAAGUCAACCGGAGAUGUGAAAGGAGAGCAAGCCACAUCCUCUUCUCCCAGAAAUCGACAACCAGCCACCGCCUCAGAAGAAGGCGAAUCUGUGAAAUUAUCUGUUGGGUGUAAUGAAUUUAUAUCUGGAAAUGUGGUGGAUGUAUUGCAAAAGAAUGAGGAUGAUCUUGAAGCGAACCAACAGGUAACAACAACUAUUCCUGUGGAGCAAUAG